AUGGCUGGCCCUAUUCUCUCUAGAGAGGAAGAAGCAGAGUUAGCUCGCAGUAACAAAAAAGUGAAAAAUGUUAGUCACGCCGGAUUCGAGGACCAUAUGAGGGAAGGCCUGACAUCCUUUCCUUUGAACUCAGGGGUAGCUAGACACCCUCUGUCCUUCAGGGAUAAGCUUGUAGGAGAAAUACCCGAUGCGUAUGUUCAAGCUUUUAACUUCUCUGAACUAAUGGAGGCAGACAAGGAUUCAGACUCUGAGAGUUCCGAUCUUAGAGAGGGCCUUGUUGCUGUUCCGUUCUCUAAAGAGCUCAAGAACCCCGUGGGGAAGCUUGACUGCGUGGACCUUGGUAAGGAGUUUUUUCUAGUCCGAUUCUCUGUCAGAGAGGACUGUGAGGCUGUGCUUAGAAAUGGUCCAUGGUUUAUAGGAGAAAAUUUUCUUUCCAUUAGGCCAUGGGAACCAAACUUUAAUCCAGCAGAGGCAAACAUCUCGUCGGUUGCCAUUUGGGUGAGGUUGAAUGAGCUCCCCAUUGAAUAUUAUCAUGUAGAAGCUCUCCAACUCAUUGGGAAUGCGAUUGGCAAGGUGUUAAGAAUAGAUACAAAUACAACUAAUGAGUCUAGGGGACGGUUUGCUCGCCUAUGUAUUCAGGUGGACGUUGGUAAGCCGCUUACCACAGCGCUUCUCAUUGGUGGAAAGGAACAACCUGUGUGUUAUGAAGGAAUACAGAGACUAUGUUUUUCUUGCGGAAGAAUUGGCCACCGACGUGAAAAUUGCCCUUUUGUUGUUCGGAAAUAUGACUCUCAGGCGAGGGAGACUGAUGAAAAUAAUGGUACGCCGAUGAACCAAGACGACGUUGUGCAUGCUCCUGAAAAUGUAGGUACCACGUCGGGCACGUCCAAGGACAAAGGAGCGUACGAGUGUAUGGCAGGCGAGGAUGAGUUGGUGGACAAUGCCAAGGACAUUUACGGUCCGUGGAUUAUGGUGACACGCAAAAGGAAUGGGAACAAGGUGACAAAGCAAAUGGUCCCCACUGAUCAAAGCACUCUAAGGAUGAAAGGGGAAGAAAAGUUUGGGUCUAAUAUACCAACCCUUAGGGAAGGCAAGAGGAAAGGGGCCACAGAAGUUAACCCAUUUGAGGCCCAAAUGGCCAAUGCGGUCCAAUCAAUCUCCAAUGGGCCGAAGCAUACAUACCAUAAUCAAGGACAGCCCCACGUGGUUAACAACAGCCCAAGAACUGAGUUAAGCCCCUCUGUUAGGGGUAAGAAAGGAAUGGCCAGAAAUAGGGCUUCCUUAACUUUGACUAAACAAGCGACAUCCAACUUUGCAAUCAAAGGAGCGGUCACUAAUGCAAAAAUAUCCUCAGUAGAUAAUCCGUGUGCAAAUGGGAAUGAAACUUUCAACUUCAAAGCCAAGUCUGUUGGGCAAUCUUCAAGCUCUAGUUCUAAUGGCCAACAAAACCGUUCUUGUCAAGAGGAGAUGCAACCAAAAGAUCAAGCGGACAUGGAAGCUAGAGCUUGCUCUGUUAUGGUGGAAAGUGGGGAAGAUGAGUUUUCCCAUGCCAAAGCUAACCCAGGAAGGGCGGAGCUCAUGGCAGGAGGCCAGAAUGCGAGUGGGAGUAUCAUGGUGGAGAAGGAGAGGCCGGGUAUAGGCCAUGGUGCAGCUGAGCAGAUGGAUUUUGAAGAAGACAAAGGAGUGGGCCCUCCCUCCAGUUGA